UGGCCCUUUCGGUAGCUUUUUCUCCAUCAGCCUUCCUUUCUCAGCACCACUACCAGUCUCCUCUCCGCUUAAGCAUCCAUUCACUAGUCCCUUUCUCUUUUCUCCUUCCUUUGUGUCUUGACACAAGUUAACUAAAGCUAGACGCUUUUAUCUCUUCUCCUAUCUCGACGUGUAUACUCGAGCAUUGCAACUUUUGUUUUGUGGUUGAUGGCACGUGAAUGACGCAAGUGUUCAUCAGAUUAUGAUUUCUCGCCGCUGUGGAUGCCUAUCUGGAGUUCGUCCUCCUCGCUCCCUGUUCUCAUCUUAAAGCUGCGAGGGGGUUUUGGUUACGCUUCCUUAAGAAAAGGUCUCCGGGACUCUCUUCGAUCGGUACGUAACGUGACUUUGGAAGGAACUUGCAAACAGAAAUCCCGCUUCUGGACUUGGAAGGACCAGCGUUUCUCCGAUCCUCGAUUAGACUGUAUUAACACAUUGAAUUCUGAAUAGCGCUUUCUCGAUCUAUAAUUUUAGUUGCUUGUGAUCUCGAACCGUCGAGGUCUCUUGCUCGGCUCCUGGCUCCUACUGGAUUCCUGAAGCUAGAAGAUGCUGGAUAUUUCCAGUUUGAUGCAGGUGGGAAAUGCGAGAUGAGAAGAAGAAUGAUAUCGCGAGACCUGUAGCGUCAGAACCUUUCCGAAUUUUCAGCUUCUUUCCCGUGGUCGGCGUCCGCCAUGAGUUCUCCUUCAUCUUCUUUUGCCAUCAAACCGAAGGCUAUGAAAUUUGAUCCAACAUCGAACGAUCGCGCAGCUAAAGCUGUCUCGCCCGCCGAUGAUGUAUCAGAAUCAGCCGCCUCUCGUUUAUCGGAAAAGUUGUGCAUGACGACUCUGCAAGCGGAUUCUCCGCUAAACAUCCUCUACAAACCUACCGCGAAGGUUGUGUCGAGGGCCACCGCUGCACUCUUGGCGAAUCUGGAAAAUCCCGAUGCCAUUCGUCAAAAGCCAACAAGAAACUAUCAACAACCAGCUGUAGUUGUGGAGCAAGCAAAACCAGAUUACGUCGCCGGCCGUCGACAGAGUUGUUCACGGUCUGAUCUGAAAAAUCAGCAGCAGCCAACGGGCUGCGGAGAUCGACCUUCGUACGAUGGAUACAAUUGGCGAAAGUACGGGCAAAAGCAAGUAAAAGGAAGCGAAUCCCCGAGAAGUUACUACAAAUGCACGCACCCUGCGUGCCCUGUGAAGAAGAAAGUGGAGAGAUCGUUGGAAGGGCAGAUAGCCGAGAUUGUCUACAACGGGGAACACAACCACCCCAAGCCUCUGCCUCCCAGGAAACUCUCCUCGGGCUCGCAAGGCCAGGCCUUCUUCUCCGAGGAGGCCGGACGAGAGGCUGGCAGUAAUCCAUCGUGGGGUAGUUCCGUGUCAGAGGUGAAGGUCUCUGCUACGAGCGUGGAUGAGCAAAACGAACCCAGCUUGGCUGGGAUUCCCACCUAUGCCGGGCGGGUGCACUUCUCCCACGAGUCUUUUAUCGCCACCACCUACGAUAGCAGCGAUAACAACACCGACGCUAGCACUCAGAUUGGGAAGGUGGGAAGCAGAAGCAGAGCAGCUAGCAUGGCCUCCGACAAGCUUGACUGCAAGAGAAGGAAGAACGAGGAUCCAUAUAGCGGAGCAAACAGCGUUACGGAAGAUGGUGCAGAGGCUGAUCCAAUUACGCUGACCGCCAUGGAGUGUGAUAUCCCUGGCGAUGGCUUCCGCUGGAGAAAGUACGGACAGAAACUCGUGAAGGGAAAUACUUAUCCAAGAAGUUACUACAGAUGCACCAGCACCAAAUGCAAUGUGCGCAAGUAUGUGGAGAGGGCUUCGGAUGAUUCCGGUUAUUAUGUCACCACGUACGAGGGAAAGCACAAUCAUGAGAUGCCCGAAAGAAAGAUCAAUUUCGGUGCUUCCGACCCCGAUACCGAAGAAGGGUUUAACGGCUCCUCCGAUCAUAACUUUCAGUAGCACAGGAGGCAAAAAGGAAAGCAAAGAAAAAUAAAACUCUCACGGGGAAACGUCUGCUUGGGGAGGGCUUCGGUGCUUGUUGAUGAUAACUGGUCAUGUUCCGAAGGACUACUUCGGAUCAAGCCAUCGAUUGCCUCAAGGGAGCACUCUACCAUUUACGAUGCAUUAAGUUUCAGUGGUAUUCUCGGUGAUGAGGUGACCAGUGGCUGCUCUCAAGCUCUGCUAUCUUUCCUGUGAAACUGAAAGUGGAGAAGCAAGCCUGCAGCAACAUCAAAUUAAUGAACCUUCUCUUUUGCCGAAUAUUCAUAUCGAUUGCAUUUUUUUUUUUUUGUCUCUUGUCUUUCAGUUUCAGUUCAGCCUUUUCUACCCAAAGUUCUAGCAAUAAAGAAGUCAAAGUUCCCGUA